ACAACGUUCUAACAAUUCUCAUUCAAGUUUCACCUUUCGCUGGAAAAAGAAAAACUCAUCGCAACGUUUAGUUCAGUUUCCGAUGGCGCCAACGCUGAACCUCUCCGCCGUCGGAAUUCCUCUCCGUUUCUCCUCCUCCUUCGACCGCUCCGCCAGCUUUCCCCGGCGGAACUCCGUCCGCGCCGUCGCGGAGGAGGCGGUGGAGACAGGGCGGCCGGCAGCCAGCCUCUACGAUGUGUUGCGAGUCGAGCGAGACGCAUCUCCGACGGAGAUCAAGUCGGCGUACCGGAGCCUCGCGAAGCUCUUACAUCCCGACGCGGCGGUGCGGCGUUCGCCAGAGACAGACGGAGGCGGCGGUUACGUCGACGGAGACUUCAUUCAGCUCCGAAACGCGUACGAGACGCUGUCGGAUCCGUCGGCGAAGGCGAUAUACGAUAUGACGCUGGCGGCGCCGCACGGCGGAAGACACCGCCGGUUUUCUACUCCGCUUAUUCGGAACCACUCGUCGGCGUUUUACACAACGCGAAGGUGGGAAACAGACCAAUGCUGGUAGAGGAAUUAACAUUGCUUCGGGAAUUAACAAAGAAAAAAUGUGGAUUUGUUAUUAAGAAAGAGGAAUCUCCGAAUCGGUGAAAACUAUGUGCAAAAGUUACUAUGCAAAAACAGUGAAGCAAAGUGUUUCUCUAUUAAUUAAUCUUCUUGGAAAACUCAUGAGAGUGUGGUGAUGCCAACAUUUUCACGCACUUACAAUAUGACUAACCAUGUGUGUGUUUUGAUUGUAGUUAAAAGCUUGUCAAACCGAAAAUGACACAUUCUAAUAUAAUGCACCAAUUGAGAAACGAGUAUUUAGUCUCAUUAAGAUCAAAGAUUGAACGUAAUUUGUAUUUGUUGGGUCUGGCAACUAGGUGUUGGUAUAAUGGUGUUGGGAUGUUUGCAUAAACUCUAACCUCAAGUAAGAAUCAGAGUUUAAGGUGUUUAUAAAGUUGUCAUGGCGUGUCCAAAGUGGGAGGUGUCAUGCAUUCUACGUGAGUACUUUUUUGGUUCAAAUGAGAAGUUUGUCAUCCUGAAUUAGGUAGGUUAUGAUGUUCUCGGGAGCGUUUGGUUUGGGUAAGAACAAACACCUGAUCUUCAUAUGAUUGGUGAUAUCCACUUCUAGAAUAAUCGUCCCUAACUUGUGGCUUCUUUAUGAAAGCAGCUAACUUUAUGCAUUAUUCCAUUGUGAUAGAAUGUCUUAGUCGGUUGCUAUAACUCAGUUUGGAUGAUUCCAAGAUUCCACUUCUAGAAAAAUAUAUCCAAACACACCUGAUGUAGUUUAGUGGAUAAUUAACUAUGUUAAUCCUUAGAGUGU